AAUUAAUAAUAAUUUCUGCGGCGAAAAAACAGAAACCGUUUCCAUCCGUGCCUCGUCUCUCCCGACUCGCCUCCGUCCCCGUCUUUCUCGAGCGCUUCCUCGACGGCAUGUCGACUAGGGUUCGCUAGCGCCGCCCGCUCCCUCGGUCCCCUCUCCUCCGACCCCGUAUCCCUUCGAUUCCCAACCCCGUUCGUCCCUGUUCUCCCUCAACGCUCUUCUCCCACAAUAACCCUAAUCGCCAGCUGCUAGGUCCGCCGCUACCCGUGGUUGCCGCCGCCGGUGGGUUCUACGGAGGAAAACGGGAUUCCGCCGCCUUCCUCUGCCACCUGACGCCUUCGAUUUCCCGAUCCGGCCGACCGGAACUCGUUCCUCCGCUCCGCUAGUCUUCAGGUCGGCGACCUCUGCUCCCCGCCGUCGUUGGCUAUCUCCUCCGACUCUUCAAGCGAAGUCCGGUCUCCCCCCCGUCCGUUCCGGCCUCUUUCCUUCCUCCCAGACGCCAGCACCGGUAGCUACCCCUCAUCUAAGCCACAAGGAUCGACAGCUGCCUCCUCAUCUCGCUACUCCGACUAGGCGUUCCCCAGUUCACGAGGUCAGGCCGCCCUAUUCCCCAGUUCUACGUGCUUGUCGCAAAUUUUCGUAAAAAUCAACUGAUCCGCGGAUGCACUGUGCACUAAGAUUAGGAUGAUUGUGGCACAUGUGGUUGGUCGCUUGAGCUAUCCAUUAUUUCAGUGAGGUGUUGAGAGGUGUUCUAUCAUUAUGCUUGAAUUUAUUAAACAUCCCAACUCGGCAACUCGUUAGCUGAAUUAAACUUCUUAGGAUCUGAAAGUUAAUGGAUAACGUAUCUACAGUCAUAUGCACUUCGAUGAACUGUCAAAACAAGAAUUGCAGGUAUGUAAUAGGAUUACUACAUAAGCUUCAGGCCUGCGGCCAUCAAUUUCUUGACGCAUGUAGAUCAAUGUCCGCUUACACACCACUUAUGUGUUAGAUCAAUGUCCGCAUACACACCACUUAUGUGUAUCCACACAUCAUUUCUAUCAAAUUGUUGCUUAUACGGUUGCACCAGCACCAUCUUCUAAUAUCUGAUAUGCAUAAUUGCAAGUGCUCAAGCUACCUGAAAAGUUACCUGGGCUUUCAUCAUUGGUAUGGCAUCUCUACAUGGGUAGCUAUGUGCUGCAUGUUGUUAUUAGCUAGAGUUAGCGCUCUCUGGUAUUUCCGUUUUAAUCUACAGGAACAAGAUUCUGUGACCAUUAUAUUCGUGUUAUUUAGUUGAAUGAGAUUGAUCACAGAGUAGGUAGCCAAGGCCUAGGCAAUGCAGAAGGAUGGAAUACAUAUUUGGGGGAACACAACAUAUAGGCACAAGAAUACCUAGGUUACAGCUAUUUUCACAAAUCUAUGAUCAUAGAUACAGGCACAAAAGUUUCUCUAUAUAUUUAUAUAUAUUCAGCUGUGAUCAUAAUUUUUGCUGUAGUCAAUAGUUCUGGAGGACUUGUUACUCUGCCUGCACAUAUUUUUCACAUCUCGCAGAAAACGAGGCUAAUCGGUACAUGCACAAGGUUUGCUGCAAAUACAUAAUAUAUCAAAUCUGUAUUUGCUUCAAAACGUUGUCUGGAUUUACCUACAAUUUGCAUAUUUAUCAUUACUAUUAGUUAACAUGUUUAUACUUUAGUUUGUCAAGUUUUUCUUUCAUUUUUCUCUUAUUUCUUCCUAUGUUUAUUAGCCAAGAAUCUGUUAUUUACUUUGUGUUGGAAUUAAUAGGGAAAUUUUCCUCACUGGGAAGGAAGGACACUUGUGAGCCAGAAUUUUCAUAAAUCUUAAUAAAGGACAUGCGAUUAAGGAACGCAGAUCGGGCGGCACGUAGCUCAGACCGUCGCAAUAAUGUUGUUUCAUGGAUCUCUGAGAUUAAGAACACAUCUAAUGUGGCUGUAAGGAAGAAAAGGGGGAAAAGAGCACCUCCAUCUUCUAAAAGAUUGCGUGAUAAAAAGGUGGAUAAGGAGAUUGACAGUGAUGAUGCAGACAAUGACAUUGAUGGUACAGAUGAAGGACAGGUUGGUAAAAAUCAGUCUGAUAUGCACAGCGAGGAGUGUGUGGAUGGGACAACUAGUGAUGGCUUACAGAAGACAGGCCAGUCAGGUAAUUCUGAUAGUCCAACCUUGGCUUCAGAAGAACAAGUCCAUUCAACAAACUCUAAAGACAUCCUCCAAAAGAGUAGCUCUCAAACCACACAGAAGGUUUCUCGAAGCUCAUCAAGAAGCAGGCAAGGUGCAUCUCAUUUGGAACAGGAAGGUGCAGAUGAAGAUGAUUCUCAUGGACAAAUGGCUGUUGUGAAUAAGGAUGUUGAUGGCGAAAGAAGCUCUCACGAAAUCAAGGAUGAUGUAUCUGAUACACAAGUGAAUACCACAUCCUCUGAUGAUAAAAGUUCAGAAGAAGUUGAAGAUGUGAAGGUGUGUGACAUUUGUGGAGAUGUUGGUGAGGAGGAGAAGCUUGCUGUGUGUAGCAGAUGCAAUGACGGCGCAGAGCAUACGUAUUGUAUGCGGGUAAUGAUGGAAGAUGUUCCAGAGAGUGAGUGGUUGUGUGAAGACUGCCAAACUGCGGUAGAAUCUGAAAAGAAGAAACUAGAAAAAUCUGAGGUGAAGGUUGGUACUUCAAAAGGGCAGUCCUUUGAAGGAGAAAUGAACAAACCUGCCAUUGCUGCAAAGAGCAGAAGUUCUUCCGACACUGAAUUGGAGGCUGAAAAUGUAGGCAACAAAGAGUCAGAUACCCCAAAUAAGGGGAAUGAUACAAUCAAAAACAGGAUGGAAGAAGAUGCUGCAAUUACAUCCACAAUUCGAGACACUUUUUCUGAAACCGGUGGCGUUUACAUGGGGGCUGACUCCAGAACGAGAAUGCCAUCUUCACGCGAGAGCUCAUUCGGGUAUGAUGCUGACAAAGGAAAGCAACCUAGUCUAGUGGGAACCUUGUUGGCGUCUAAAGCUCCAAAGAAUCAAGCAACACAAGCUCGAGGUCAACUUACCAAAUCCACUUCUUUCAACAACUCAAAGGUUCCCAAAGUGAAACAGCUAUUAAACGAAGUUCCUCAGAAGCCCAAAAAUUUGAAGGAAUCUUGGUCUUCUAUCAUUAAAAAGGAAGUGCCAAUCAGCAUGACUACUAAGCCGGCAACCUUCAAAAAGCCUAAACCUUGUGAGGCAGCAAACAAGGCAAAGUCUUCCAUCACACUUGCUGAGGAGCCAAGGGUGGCGAAUCAGCUGAUGAGCCAAAAUGUAACAAAUGAUCAAAGUUCUUCUAUAUUGGGGAGUCCCUCCACUACUGCUUCAAUGGUUGCUCCUGUUAUUUCAAAAACUGAUGCUACAUCUCAGCCCGUAGCUACAGGAAACAGUGAACUAAAUAAGCCAGUUUUAGCAAAAUUGGCUGGAAGUACAAUACUACCUAAUGCUGAAAGAUCCUCGGGUGGUAUUCUUGGCCCAGGUGCUCAGAGAAAAGUAACUCAAAACUCAGAUCCUUCACAUCGGGAUACUAAAACAAAGGAUGCCAUUGGGUUCAAACAGGGUGCUUCUAGCAGUAAUCGCACAAUCCGUUGCCAAAGAUGUAAUGAAGCAGGCCAUUCUACACAAUUUUGUGCCGUUGACAAACUUCGUGUGUCUGCUGUAAAACCUUUGAGCGAGCGAAACUUGAAGGAUGCAUCUGCCAAAAGAAAUAGAAUGUCUGAAACUAGUACAUCAGCGGCUACUGAAAAAGAUGCCUCCAGACCAGGGAAUCAGUCAGAGCAAAUCCUAAAAUGUGGUACUUAUCAGAAUCCAUUAUAUGGGCCUAAAGAUGUUUUACCUGCCUCAUUCAGCCAUGUGAAAAAGCCCUCCCCAUUGUCAGCUUCAGUAGAUUCUAGCAAGCUGAAGUUCAAAGAUGAGCAUACCACUUUAUCUGCCGCAACAGGAAUCUCUGCUGACAAUGGUCGUACGAUGCCAAGUGAUCGAAGGGAUGAAUCUGCUCAAGCCUUUUCAACUGGUGAUGAACCAAUGGCUUCAACUGUCCCAGAGCUGGACUGGAUAUGGCAAGGUGGUUUUGAGCUGCGGAGGACUGGAAAAUCACCUGAGCUAUGUGAUGGUUUCCAAGCCCACUUAUCAUGUUCUGCUUCACAGUCAGUGCUGGAAGUAGCAAAGAAAUUCCCUUCUAAUGUCCAGCUUGAGGAAGUACCUCGGCAGAAUUCAUGGCCAACCCAAUUUCAAGAAAAUGGUCCAACAUAUGAAAAUGUUGGUCUUUUCUUCUUUGCUAGAGAUGUUCAGAGCUAUGAAAACCACUACAGUAAAUUAGUUGAAAAUAUGCUGAAGAAUGAUUUAGUUCUCAGAGGAAGUGUUGGCGCCGUUGAGUUGCUUAUAUUCCCUUCCAAUAUCCUGUCAAAGAACUUCCAAAGGUGGAAUAUGUUCUAUUUUCUAUGGGGUGUAUUCAGAGUUAGCCGAAAAGAUUGCUCAAACCUUCCAUCUGAUGUACCGACAACUAAGCUGGAACCUAAUUUUAAUGAGGAUCCCCAGGCUGUGGUUCCCAGUACCUCUGUUUUGUCAUCUAGUCUUUCAUUCUCAAAAGACAGGAAUAGUUUUGCUGAACAGCACACCAUUUUGGUUAAGUCGAGUUUGGAAGCCAAUCAUGAGGUGUGUUUGAAUGGAGAGGACUCUAUUAAUCAGCCUGUGAGUGGAAGAGCUAAUGAUGAUCUGGAUUCAACAAAUAGCAAUGGUGCUAUGGGUCCCUCUGCCAUGGCUAAAGAAAUAAAAGAACAGAGGCUUGAUGUUAAAAAAUUGGACAGUUUUGGUGGUACUUCUAGUGAAAGAGAUUUUGAUGUGAACACAGUGUCUGUUGCUUGUUCCGUCUCAACCCAUCAGAAAGAACUUGGCAAGGAGGGCACAAUUAUCAACCUUAACGAUGCAGAGGACCCCAUGGAUAUAGACCAUGUAAAUUCCAGUGAGAUAACAGGAGCACUAUAUGCACAUGGAUCAGGUGGUGCACGCAAAAGAAAUAUUGAGAUGGCCAAUGGAGGUGCUGAAGUUGAUGGAGUGCUCGAGCAUAAGAAAGUCAAAUUGGAUGAAGUUGAUGGAGUGCUCGAGCAUAAGAAAGUCAAAUUGGAUACUGUAGUUACUACAAACUCUGGUUUAAGUGAGAAUAUCAACAAUGGAAGGUUAUCAUUUAAGGUGCAUCCCGUUGCCGCUUCGUCUGUGGAUGAUGUCAGUACUAAUAAUUCGAUGGCUGGAUCCUCCAGCAGUGAUACAAAGUGUGUAUUUCCACUAGAUCUAAAUGCAGUGGAUGACACAGUAUCUGAGAAUAUUGUAAAUAUUCCAUCUUCAGAUGAUGAUGAGUCGCUGGGACCUGUUCCAUCAAAGGUUGGAGACAAGCAAGCUGGGGAAGAAAACCUGUCAACUGAUAUAACAGGUCCCCUCUCCCUGUCGCUUGCAUUUCCAUCAAGGAAGGAACAAGCUAGUAAACCACAAUCGGGGCCACAAAGACAGUUUCCUGAGAGGAGCAAUAGGAAUAAUACAUCAUCCAUUUGGGGCCAGCAGUGAUGUUCAGUUGCCCUAGCAGUCUUUCUUUGAAGCAAUCAGAACAUUGAAAUCCCAAAACAGAUGCACUUCAGAUGAGCUCCAAUGAUUUGACGGGGGGAUGAUUCAGUGCAGAAAGAGCCGAGCUUUUUCUUUCAGAAUUUAGAGCUAGAGAUUGGAGCAUCAAAUGAAAUGCCAUGUUUUAAAGAUCUGCAUUGUAAAUCGCAUGCCCGUUUUUGCCCUUAGCUUUUAGUGGUCGACAGUUGAAUGGUACCAAGCGCGAGUAAAAUGCUGCUGUUUAACUGCUGUUUACAAAAUGAUGGUCGGUUUUGUUCAUUGCUUC